CAACUCCAUAAUGGUUCUUUCGGUCUUCCAAACAGUACAGGGCCAAGGCAACACUGGCUUGGAAAUUCUCUUGACUGCGUUUGUUCAUAUCAUGGCUGUGUUGUUUAUGAUCAAAAGGAUUAAAGGCGAUGUUAGACUCGUUGUCAGAGUACAAGUAGUGAGAAAGAGAAGAAGGCGGCGCAGAUUAUAG